AUGAUGGGAUGGCGUAGAACGGCAUCAAUGAUUAGUAGUACAAACGAAUAUUCAUGUUUAAAAUGGCCAUUAACAUUUGCUAGUGUAAUAACUACACUUUUGGCUUUUAUUCUUUUGUUAAGUUUUCGUUCUGAUUUAUGGUUUUCAUACGAAUUAAUUCAUAGUAAUAAUAAUUCAACACUAUCUAAUGAUGGAAGUUAUUCUCAAAUGGUUGAAUAUGGCUCAAUAGGUUUAUGGACAAUAUGUAAUAGCCAUUAUGAUGAUCCUAAUAUAAAAUGUGAUGUAUGGACAAAAGAAACUCGACCUCAUUCCUUUAAUGUUAUUAUUGUAUUACUUUCAUGUGCAUUAUUUCUUUCAAAUUUAACAGUUUUUCCAUCAUGGGGUACAUCAAUCCUUAUACUUUAUAAUUCAAAUAAUCGUUAUAUUCGUCAUAUUGUUGGUUUUAUUUGGAUACUUUUACUUCUUACAUUAUUAUGUACAAUUGUUCUUUUACUUGCAAUGCUACUUACAGCAUUAACACCAUUUUAUUCGCCUGGUAAAUUUAUGAUUAAUACUGAUCGUCUUCAUUUUCGUUCUGAUCAUGGUUUAUUCUAUGCAGGUCUUGCAACAUUUUUGGCUUGUGUUUGUUUAAUAUUAAUAAUUACAGCAUUAAUAUGGAAGAAAAUGAUUGAUAUGAGAUUGAAUGAUGUUGAAAAAGAUCUUUUAAAACAAAUAUCUGAUGAUAAUUAUAAACCUGGUUGGCAUAGAAUUGUUAUGGCACCACGUACACCUUUAACGAAUGAUCGUGUUGGUGCACCACCGCCAUAUGAAUAUUAA